GUGUCACUGUCAGUGAAAAAAAGGCGACAAAGAUUUUGCUAUUUCGGAAAUUUCGGAAUAUUUGUAGAGGAACAAAUAUUAAUUUAACUUAAAAGCUACUAAAUUAGUACCCAGAAAUGAGUGUACGUAUUAUGAAAAAACAUAUUUGGUGUACCCAAUAAUCCCCGUUAGUACGUAAUCUUUUGGGUUUUUUAAGGUUAUAAUCAAAGGACCACAAAUACCACAAUGGAAGACUCUUCGAAAUACCAGCAGAUGCAAGAUGAAAUGUCCAGGUUCGAAGCAGAGAUAUCGGGCACUGAUCUCCCGAUGGCGCCGCGGGCGGUGAUCGGCGCGGGCACGUUCGGCGCAGUGCAACAACAGUUGGAGCGCGCGGUGCCGCCGCCGCCGCCGCCGCCCAGCCUGAUGCCGGGGUUCGAUCCGGCGUUGGCGGCGCGCAUGAUGUACCCUACUGUACCGCCACCGCCACCGCCGCCGACUAUGAUGGUGCCGGCGUCGGUCCAAAGACUCCGGCCGCCAAUGGGCGCUGAGGGCUUCCCCGGCCCCAUACCGUUCCUCCGCCCAGGGCUACCGGGCCCGCAGCUGAUCCCGCCGCCGCCGAAGCCCCAGCCUAUCGUGCUGUCCGCUGCGCCCAAACUGUACAAACAGCCCAAGGAAGAUGAAGAGAAAAAGGAGAAACAUGAGAGCAAAAAGAGGAAGCGCUCGCCGCCGCCGCCGCCACAGCGCGCGCCGACGCCGCCGCCGCCUGAGCCUGCGCCCGCGCCGCCGCCGCCGCCCGUCAUCUCCGUGCCCGAGCCCGGCGUCCCCAAGCCCAAAAAGGAGAAGAAGAACAGAAAGGUGGUCCGAACCGCCGGCGGCCAAGUCUGGGAGGACGUGACGCUGCUCGACUGGCCUGACGACGACUUCCGCAUGUUCUGCGGAGACCUCGGCAAUGACGUCACCGACGAGCUCCUCAUCCGGACCUUCAGCAAGUAUACCUCCUUCCAGCGCGCCAAAGUCAUCCGAGACAAGCGCACAAACAAGAGCAAAGGCUUCGGCUUCGUCAGCUUCAAAGACCCCGGAGACUUCAUUAAAGCAAUGAAGGAAAUGGACGGAAGAUACGUCGGCAGCAGACCGAUCAAACUAAGAAAGAGCACGUGGAAGAAUAGAGCUUUAGAUGUUGUCAGAAAAAAGGAGAAAGAAAAGCAAGCGCUACUCUCUCUGCUGCUCUCGGGAAAUAAGAGCUGACAGGAGAACAACGCCUGAACGGCUGUGAUGUGAGUGGUAGAUGUAAUUGUUUCACUUGGACCUGGACUUGAUAGUUGUACAUUUAGCUAAACUUUUAUGAGGGAAAAUGUAACUAGUUCUACCCAUCUUCCCCUGAAGCUACAACCGGGGAAAGAUGACAAGAAAAUCAGCCUAUAUGGGGAAGACGGGAAUGCCUUGAAUGUAGUUAUGAUCUAAUUUUCAGUUGUUGCUGAUUGUAAUUUUCUGUUUGAUAUCUAUCCCUAAGCUUUCAUAGUUCUGCGAGUGUUAGAUCCUAUACACAGUUAUAUUAUUAAACCUAAUAGUUUUAGAUUCAUUAUGGCAAUAGAUAAACAUGAACUUCACUCUUACAAAUAUAAAAUUUAGUGCAUAAUUUAUUACACAAUUAAUUUGUUGUAUUUCUGAUUAAAACAUUAAAUUGUCUUAGCAAUAAUUUAAAAAAA